CAUCUUACGAAAACACAGAAAAGAAAAGAAAAGACACAGUUCAAGUCCCGGAAGAAAGAAAGACAAGAGAACUGAAAAUAAAAAAGAAGAGCUUUUUAGUAUUUGCGGCGUCCACUUUUUUGUUUCACUCACUUUUUUCUUGUUUCUUGUUUCAGAUCCGUAAUCCCAAAAACCAAUCAGCUAAUUUCUUUUUUUCUUUUUCUUCAUUUUGGUUUUUGCUUGGAGUUUUAAUGGGUGAAAGCCAAGAGCAGAAGCCAUCAUCUCAGCCGUCGAAAACGGUGGCGGUUUCACGGCCCACGAUUACUCCCCCACCACGGCCUUUCACGGACGCCUUGUUCAACGGUGGGCUUGGCAUGAUGGGUUUUAGUCCAGGUCCCAUGACGCUUGUUUCCAAUUUAUUUCCCGACUCCGACGAGUUAAAGACCUUUUCUCAGUUACUGGCCGGUGCUAUGGCCUCGCCCGCUGCUGGGAAGAUACCCAAUUUUUUUCCUCUUACUACCACCGAAGGGCAGGGUGGUGUAAGCGGUUCUGGCGGUGGAGGUGACGACACGGGGUCGCGGUUUAGGCAUAAUAAACCGGCCGGUUUGGUGAUAGCGCAACCGCCGCCAAUGUUUACGCUGCCGACUGGGUUGAGCCCCGCGAGCUUGUUGGAGUCUCCUGGGUUUAGCGUGUUUUCACCUAUUGCCCAGGGACCUUUCGGCAUGACGCACCAGCAGGCACUAGCGCAGGUCACCGCGCAGGCUGCCCAAGCGCAAUGUUCCUCAGCAGCAGCUGCGUCUUUGGCACCGGUUUCAGCUUUUACUGCUAAUAUGACUACGAACCAGCAGAUGCCGAUAUCUUUGCACAGCUCGACUGUUACUGUGAAUGAGCCAUCGGAUGCAUGCCAAUCUGAUCAUAGAUCCCAACCUGCUUCAUUGAUUGUCGAUAAGCCUGCUGAUGAUGGGUAUAACUGGCGAAAAUACGGGCAGAAACAGGUAAAAGGGAGUGAGUUUCCGAGAAGUUAUUAUAAGUGCACUAGUCCAGGUUGUCCGGUGAAGAAGAAGGUUGAGAGAUCAAUAGAUGGCCAAGUGACCGAAAUCAUCUACAAGGGGCAGCAUAACCAUCAACCUCCGCCGCCAAGUAAGCAUGCCAAAGAUACUGGAAGCUUAAAUGGAAAUCCGGGUAAGCAGGGGAAUUCCGAAUCAGCUUCCCAACUUCAGUGUGGCAGCUCGAACAUAUUGAUGUCCAAGAAGGACCAAGAAUCUAGCCAAGCUACUGCUGAACAUAUUUCUGGGACGAGUGACAGUGAGGAAGCAGGUGAGAACGAAGUUGGUGUAGAUGAAAAAGAUGAAGACGAACCUGACCCCAAAAGACGAAGUACAGAAAUCAGGGUCUCAGAGCCUGCUUCUUCACAUCGGACUGUUACGGAACCUAGAAUUAUUGUGCAGACAACAAGCGAAGUUGAUCUCUUGGAUGAUGGCUAUAGGUGGCGCAAGUACGGACAGAAAGUUGUCAAAGGCAAUCCUUAUCCAAGAAGCUACUAUAAAUGUACAACCCUGGGAUGCAAUGUCCGUAAGCAUGUUGAGAGAGCUGCGACAAAUCCCAAAGCUGUUAUAACAACUUACGAGGGAAAACAUAAUCACAACGUACCAGCUGCCAAAAGAAGCAGCCACAACGUCAACAGUAAAGCAUCACAAGCAAGAAUGCAGAAUGCAGUGAAUGAGAGGCAUACUGUAAAUAACAGAGCAGAUUUUGGGAACAAUAGUCGACAACUCAUAGUAUGUUUACUGUUAAAAGAAGGGCAGAGAACAUAACGCAACUACAGAAGGUAAAAUCUGUUGCAUUUUCCGAAGUUUCAAUUCACACUCAUGGCUGAUGCUUUUAAUGGAGGCCAUGCACCUAACUGAUAUGAUAUAUGAAAGAAAAAUAGAAUCGUAAGAAAGAAGUCGAUUCGGAAUGAAAUCAGUAUCGGGAUUGAAUUCGGGGGCAAUGCCUUUGUUUUUAGCUAGUUUAGUGAUCAUAUUGUGUUUCAAAUUUGCUGUCCCAUGCAUUCUUUUGUACAUGGAAAUACCCGAUCAAUGUUUGCUUGACAUGAUUGUUGGCUUAUACCAAUAAUUUUUAGGUUUCA